CACGCACGCACGGCUCGAGUCAUCUAUCCGCCCGAAACCCUCUCCGACCCUCUCGUUCCACCCCUGCGACUAGACGGAACGUCGCGCCUUCCCCGGACCCACCCGCUCCAAGGACGAAGGGGCUGCGAAGUAUUUCGGAGAAAUUACGUAUCCGACUGUCCAAGAAGGCACGAACGUCCGAUCGAGGCUAAAUCGUGAACACGCCACCCUUGGGUAUUGUACGGAGGAUAGGAUGGGCCGUGAGCUCGCGGAGGAAUUCGGGAUAAUUUUUCGACACGCCGACGCGCACGUGCGAGCCGAUGGAAAUUCGAGGAUGUCCGGUGCAUAAAGGCUCGAGUCUGCGGGACGCUCCGAAACGAGCUCAAAACGACGAGGGGGACUCGGCCCAUUGUACCGGUAGCAUUGUCGAACCAUAAUUGAAAUUCACUUUUAAUCGCACGCUUGUAUCUCCGUUACAGGAAUAAUGGGAAGUCAAGCUGCUCCCGCUGCAUCGCACACUUUGGAGCUUCCCAAAUAGCGUCGCGGGGCUAUUUAUACGUCUGCUCCUUAAGAACGGUGCACGACACCUGUAAAUAUGUACGGAUUGUACGCAACACCGACGUCGUGUAUAAAAAUAAGAGCAGGUACGUUACGUCGCCCAGGGUGCUCUUGAAGAAUUUGGACAAACCGUUGGACAGCGUUCUACCGAUGGGAUUUAGAUGUUUGUAACGAUACGAAGUCGUUUUGGCACGGUCACGAAACGGUCUCCAACGGUUAUUCGAGACGUGGCGCUCCCGUACGGCGAGGUUAGUCAUCUCUCGGCACCUGCAGGGUGUAACUGCGUGCACGUGUCCAUGUAUGUACGUAGACACCUAGGUACGCCCGUCUGCACGCCGGCACAUGCAAAUGCAUGGGCAGAUUUACUCGCAGCAACCACCGGAGUCAUCACGGAAUGGUCGUUAAACUAGCGCACUGGCUCGGCACAGUUCUUGGGCCAAUGACCUAGUCGCUUCCCGUCUGAUAAAGUUCGUUCGUGCGCGAUAACGCGCCACGAAUUCAUCCUGCCAAAGACAGCGCAUCGCGUGUCAAUCGGACACACCUACGCACCUCGAAGCCAUUCAAGUCUGCAAAGUUCACGGGCGAGCACGGCCCGCAGAAAAGUGCUAACACACUGCUGAAUGAAAACUGCAUUUACAGAGCGUCUAUUUAUGCACCGUCUAGAGUACUCCAUAAUUAGAGGUAUAGGCUGCUCCGUGAUUUCCAGGGUCCUAUCUCCGUCCUUGCACUCUCGAAUAGAAAUAAAGCAAAAGAGCGGAAUCGCAAGGCGAUACGCCUGCAAGGCUGAAUUAUUAAUUCCUGCCGAACGCAUUGUACCAAUGAUACAUUCGAGGAAUUAAUUCGGAGCCUUUUACGUACUUAGCGUAAAUAAUACCACGGACUACGUUGAAGCUGCAGCUCUUCGCUCUUCUCCUGAAACAAGUGCCGCAGUAUGUAGAUAUAUGGGUCAAUAAUCGCCCGGCACUCGCACACGCCGAAUCGAGCCGACUUCCCCACACCGACGAUCGAUGCGACUGUAUCGGUGAUUCAGACUUAGGCGCGACGCGCCGGAAGUAGCCGAUUGUCGGUGGGUCAAUCGCCUUUUUGGCCAAUUAACUCGACGCCGUCGCAGUCCGGACGAACGGACCGCAAAGUGGACCUCCCUCCGAGCACGUAAGGACCCUUUGUCCUUUAUUCGAAAUAGCCUGGCAGGAUUGAAAGAAACGGCAGGGUCAGCGAGGACCGAGCCACCCUCGCCAAGAUUCCAGGAGAUUGGUCUCGGUCAUCGAUCGCGGCCACUCCGGGAGCGAGAUGUCCCGAUAAGUGCUCCUAACGUCCUGGAGCGAGCGGCAGGACGAGUCGCCCCGGAAGGCUUGGUAGAGACCGCCGACGAGGGAGGCGCGCCGGGUUGGCCGCGUCGCCGCUGGAGUCGCUCGGCGCCACUCACCGGGCCAACGGCAUCGGCGUGCCAGCUAGAGGCGGCUAAUGGCGGCCGCGGCCGAAACCGACCGGGACGCGAGUGGUAAUCCGUGCCGGACUCGCAGUGGGUGCGCACCCCUUAUGGUUCACGCCGUUACCUGCGUGCGCAGUGCCUCGCAGCGCACCGGACGCGCAGGCCGAGCGUGACCUACGUUCACCCAGAAGGGCAUGGAGGCGAUGCUAUUAAUUUGGUUUUUGCUGCCAUUUCCGGCCAUGGGCUCCCUAGCAGGGAGCAAAUUCUCAACCGAGGCGGAGACCCAAGACCUUUACACCGACGAGGACUCCCUGGAGGAUGGUUUCGAUAUCAGCAAGUAUUUUAAAGAAACGGCAUCGCUGGCUCCAUUGCCCGGCAUGCUGUAUCCACGCGAGAGCGAGUCUCGCGAGGUGAAAUCCCUCGACGGGAUGUGGGACUUCCUGGUGCCACCCAGCGAGGACAUCCAGCGGGGAUUAAGGGAGUCCUGGCACGCCCAGGAGUUGUCGAAGGCUGGUCUGGUGAUGCAAAUGCCGGUCCCAUCGUCCUACAACGACAUCACGGUAUCCGGAGGACUCCGGGACCACGUGGGCGCGGUGUGGUAUGAAAGGACCUUUUUCGUUCCUUCCUCUUGGAGAGAUGAGCUCGUCUUUAUCAGAUUCGGCUCGGUCAACUAUCUCGCCCAAGUGUGGAUCAACGGGAAAUUGGCUACGAAUCAUGAAAUGGGUCAUCUACCGUUCGAGUCGGAGAUCACGUCGUACUUGAUCUUCGGUGGAAAGAACCGGAUCACUGUCGCCGUUGACAAUACCUUGCUGCAAACCAGCGUACCUCAAGGUAAAAUCGUCGAGAUGACCACUGAGAAUAAGACGGUACAUGUCCAGACCUAUGCCUUCGACUUCUUCAACUAUGCCGGGAUUCACAGGCCGGUGUUGCUGCACACGAAGCCUACGAUUUACAUAGAAGACAUCACGAUAAAGACGGGAGUGAUCAGCAAUAUGGGUUUCAUCAAGUACGUCGUAGAACCUGCAGGACUGCAUGAAAACGACGUCCCGGUGUGUAAGGUGAUUCUGCUGGAUGCCGAAGAAGCUUUGGCUAUAAAGGAACCUGUUUACGGUAUUUCUGGCAUGUUAAAAGUACCUACGCCAAGAUUAUGGUGGCCUCGUUCGAUGGAUCCAAACCCUGGCUACCUUUACACGCUGGAGGUUAGGCUGUGGCUGCCCAAUGUUACCAAGCCCGACGUCUACAGGUUGCCUAUCGGUAUCAGGACCUUGGCAUGGAAUAAUACAAGUCUGAUGAUAAAUAAUCGUCCGAUAUAUUUCCGAGGUUUUGGAAGGCACGAGGAUUCUGCGCUAAGAGGUCGGGGAUUGGAUUUGGUGACCGUAACAAGAGAUCAUGAGUUAUUGCAAUGGGUCGGCGCGAAUUCUUACAGGACCAGUCAUUACCCUUAUAGCGAUGAAGUAAUGGACAUGGCAGACAGGCAAGGUUUUCUGAUCAUCGACGAGUGUCCAUCCGUGGAUACGGAAAAUUUCUCGCCGGAUCUCUUGGCCAGGCACAAAGACUCCUUGUCGGAGCUUAUCAGAAGGGAUAAAAAUCGUCCCUCGGUGAUAAUGUGGUCUCUCGCUAACGAACCUAGAAGUCAACUGAGAGAUGCAGGAGAUUAUUUUAAGCAGAUCGCUCAUCACGCCAAGGCUCUCGAUCCAACGCGACCUGUUACGAUUGCUAUAUCACAACAAGUCAAUGAUGACAAAGUUGGUCAGUAUUUGGACGUAAUUAGUUUUAAUCGCUAUAACGCAUGGUAUAGUAACCCUGGACGAUUAGACAUGAUAACGAAACAAGUUCAAGAUGAAGCGAAAGCAUGGCAUAGGAAGUACAACAAACCUGUCCUUAUGUCAGAGUACGGUGCAGAUACGAUGCCUGGAUUGCACGAGCUUCCGGAGUAUGUGUGGAGCGAAGAAUAUCAAACCAAGUUGAUGUCUCAGCACUUUAAGGCAUUCGAUGAGUUGAGAUUCCAAGGUUUUUUCAUCGGAGAAUUUAUCUGGAAUUUUGCUGACUUUCGUACAGCACAGACGUACACUCGAGUCGCUGGAAAUAAAAAGGGAGUCUUCACAAGGGACAGGCAACCAAAAAUGGCGGCUCAUCUGGUCAGGAAACGUUAUCACGCAUUAGCAGUGGAGUUAGACGACGCUCAGGCUCCAAAUGAUCUCGAGAAUUACAUCUCGCCCUUUUAUACACAUCGAUCAGAAAUUUGAAAACGCACGGUUAUAGAAUUUCUGUACAAAUCAUGCGGAAAGUAUUACCAAUGAAAGUAGACCAAUGAAAUAGCUGAACUGUUAUUCAAAAACUAUGCUCGCAUGAGAGAAUGUUUAUUAUAUAAACAUAGAAAAUAUGAUAACUGUAUUAUCUUUAUCCAGUUUGAUAACAAACUCUCUUAAGACGUUAGUAGUAAGAAUAACAGUACCAUUGACGACAUUGUUACCGUUAUAUUUUUUAUUUCAGUCAAUGAUUUUAAAUGUGACUCGAAGUUGUUAUCUAUGCAAAUAAAAUCAUACUUCUAUUAAA